AACCGCACACUUGUAGCUUGAUAAAGUGAAGUGACUGAGAACUCAAAUCUGGUGGAUGAUCUUUGCUGCGCAUUAGAAAAUGUGAAGGACAGAUAGAAGAUAAAAUACCGAGCCUGCAGCAAAGCUGAAGAGCAACAAGUCCACUUCCUGUUAUGUCAGUGAGCGUAAAUCUGUGUGUUCUACAGACGACCUGUGUAAGUGGGGGCCAUUGUUAACCUGGGCCUCCAAGCAAAACUCAACAAGAAAAGUGGCUCAUAGUGACAAGAGAGGAUGGUUUUGGUUUGAAGACAGAGAUUAUUAUGCUGAGUGAUGUAAAAAAGGCCAGACUAGUUUCUCUUCCUCCAGUGUCACAUUUCUGAGCAAUGACAGUUACGCUAGGAGGAAAAGUAGAGCAUAGGGCACCGGCAGGCUGGAUGUGUCACACACUUCCUGCGUGUGUCAUCACUGUUUACGGUUAGACGUCAAAAGGGGAAGUAGCGAAGAGAGUUUCUCCUGUGGUGGUCAUUGUCACAUAUCAUGUUAACCAGUGUGGCACGAGUUUUUACAUUUGAAUUAUACAGAAAGUGCCAACUGAUUUUUAACCAGCAUAUCCACUAAAACCAGCACCACCCGCCAUGACUGCUACAUGUCAAACAAUCUAGUAAUUACAAUGGCAAUAAAUGGUUUAUUUUGACUUUUUAAUUCACUUGCCUGUUUGAACAGUGAGCUGUAGCAGGUCUGCUGAUAACGCUUACUCACACGUGCAGUCACAGCGACGCCACGUGGACACAUUGGGUCAUUGCGAUAUCAUUUUUCACUCUUUUACGCUUCUAGUUUCCUGUGAAAUGAUAAAAUGAAGGGAAGUUCAAAUGCAUUCAAAAUGAAACUGAUGUAAAGGUCAACCAAAAUCUACACAAAUAUUCAUUCAUUAUUCAUCAGCACCUCAUAUAUGUACAUUACAUGUAUAUUGUUUCAAACAAGUCCAACUAAAGUGCUAUACCUUUACUUCAGAAGUAAUUUACUCAGUUACACAGAGUGGGAGGGUUGUUUAUAAUUCACCAAAUUUCUUUGAGCAAUGAGUUAUAAGAUGACUGCUACAGAUCAGUAUAGAUCAUUGAUUGUGCCCUGUUUGUUCACUUUUUCAAUGUAGAUUCUUGUCAGUAUUUGCUAGAGCUCGUCUAGUAUUUUCUAUUUAUGGAGUAGCUUGGAGUUCAACUGCUUUAAAAGGCCAAGAAUGUAAAUGAUAUGUUAUUGAGACCAAAAAAAGAAGAACUCUCACUGCCAGCAUGCAGAAAUCAUUGUGGAAUAAAUCGGGUUCUUCUGGGUUAAAUGUGGUCUAAGAGGAGGGGUUGUUUUCUCAGGACCUUCAGCAGAGGGCAGAACUGGCUGAGAGCCUACAGCAUAGAAAAAGAAGGGGAAAAAUGGACAAGUGGGAGGGUUGAGUGUGGGUUUGGAAAAAAACCUCUUCAGGCUGGUCUCUGUCAGUUUAUAGGCCCUCCGUACACACACACACACACACACCCACACACAUGAAGGGCAGCAGCAGGCCCCAGUACACAAAGUCAGGAUGUGACAUCACAUACAGGAAGAGGAGCCAAACAAGUUUUUCCCCAUCCACCGUGUUGUGUGUGAGCUGAAGGGAGCUGGAAGCUCUGCGGCUGUCGCUGACUGACACGCGGAGGAGCCGGAGCGAGCCCAGCUCCAGAGGGAGUUUCAAUUCAUGUCUGCUGUGGGACUUCAGCCAGCUCACUCCGGCCUUCUCCCUGCAAUCUUUACAUGACAGACGCCGCCCCCCGGUGACCCGCCCCGGUUCCUUCUCUCCGGAAAGGUCACGCGUAUCAGGCUCAGAACUGACUAUUAUUCCCGGAGAGGUCAUUCUCCUCUUAUCUCAGCUGAGUCGAUGGCGUUGUGUCUUGGACAAGUGUUCAGCAAAGACAAAACGUUCAGGCCACGCAAGCGCUUUGAGCCGGGCACCCAGCGUUUUGAACUCUACAAGAAGGCCCAGGCCUCGCUCAAGUCGGGUUUGGACCUGAGGAAGGUGGUCCAGCUGCCGGAGGGAGAGAGCAUCAACGACUGGAUCGCUGUUCAUGUGGUGGAUUUCUUUAACAGGAUCAAUCUGAUCUAUGGCACGGUGAGCGAGUACUGUACCGAGCGCACGUGUCCCAUCAUGUCGGGCGGCCUGAGGUACGAGUACAGGUGGCAGGACGGGCACGGCUACAAGAAGCCCACCAAGCUGCCCGCCCUGAAGUACAUGAACCUGCUCAUGGACUGGAUAGAGUCGCUCAUCAAUAACGAAGACAUCUUCCCCACCAGAGUAGGUGUACCUUUCCCCAAGAACUUCCAGCAGGUGUGCAAGAAGAUCUUGAGUCGUCUCUUCAGGGUGUUUGUGCACGUUUACAUCCAUCACUUUGACAGCGUCUGCAGCAUGGGCGCAGAGGCCCACAUCAAUACCUGCUACAAACACUACUACUACUUCAUCUCAGAGUUCAACCUCAUUGAUCACUCGGAACUACAGCCCCUGAAAGAGAUGACAGAGAAGAUAUGCAAUUGAACACCCCAUGUGAACCACACGGCGAAGUCUGGUCUUAUCUUCUUAUCUGAGCCUUUGAGCAAACGUCAGUUUUCAAGUUAAAUUCCCACACAGGUGGGAAAGUCCAGUAACUGACCACAAUUUUCACAUCACUGCACCUUCAUUUCUACCUACAGUACACUCAUUCUGGUGCUCUCAUGAUUACACACUUUGUGUAGUUUUAUUAUACUACAUGUAUUCAUGUUUUCUCUGUUUCUGUCUAUUAAUGUUUGACCUGUAUAGAUUUUUGUAUACAGUGCUGAGAUUUUUAAAGAAUGAAACUGUAUAUAUAUUUUUAUUUUAAACUUGUUUUUAAAUAUAUAAAUUUUCCAAAGAAA